ACAGCUGGCCGUGAUAACAUUCUCCGAACUUUUCAGUAUUGGUCACGCUUUUACGCGUGGUAUCUAUAUCGAACAAAUAACCCGGCGUCGGCGAUAGCUUAUUUUGCGACCGCGGAGACCAAUAUCUGUCUGACGCGGCGAGUUCUUCGUUUCGGUCGCUUCUUUGAGUAUUUGCGAGAUGCAGCCUCGGCCGUGGCAGCUGAAGACGAGGAGUUCCUUCUCAAAUGUCUAAAGGUUGGCCGCCACGUAGGGUAUGCGGGUUAUUCGACCCUCGAUUCGAUCAUUUGCAUCUAUACUUUGACCGGCCGAAAGGGCAAAACUAUCUCUCAGUUACAACGUGGAGCGCAUACUGCUUGGUUCUCCGCUCUAUUAUGUCAUCUUUCCGAAGGGUUCUAUUUGUUAUAUCUACCGAGGCAACGCGAGAGAUCGGGCGAUCCAGAGAGUGACGCGGACGACUUAAAAGAAAAG